UGAACCGAUUUUUGAAUUUAGUGGGCCGAAAGAUUUUGAGACUGGAUAGCACGGUGGUGUUCUGUCGCCUGAAGCAACACCAUUUCUCUGCUCCUCCAGAGAUCAGUGAGACAGAAGGGCGUGAGAGGGAGAAUUUGAGAGCAAAAGCUGUGGGUUUUACAUGGUAUGGUCACUUCGUUCGACUCUCUCUCUCGUCACAGCUCUUUCUCCCCUCCGGUAUUUUCCCCAUUUCCCAGCUCACUCUCUCUCAGAUUCUCUAUGGGUAUGAGACGACUUUGAGUUUUGCUAGUGUUGGAGGACAUGAUGUAUGGUGUCAAAACACAAGAUUAGAUGGUAAUAUCAGAAUAGAGGCUUCAACUUGACGCCCUAGACAUCAACAUAAGAUAAGGAAAAAUUGAAGUUUUAGUAGUUGAACUAGUAUGAAUAAGCUACUAGAGUUUGGAAGGAAAGCCCUGUUCUAUGUGAGGGUCCUGUCUGGGUAUGAAGAGCGCAGAAUUCGAAAUUUUAGGUUGCAGCUUGAGAAGCAAAUCCAACAGGCACAAGAAAGGAAGGCAGCCUUAAGAAAGAUACCAGAGCAGGCUAUUUUGGGGGAGGUUCGCCGUAUGGUUGAGGAGAUGCAAACUUUAAAUAAAAAGCUAGAAGAAACAGAGGCUGCUAUUGAAGAUUACUUCAAGCCAAUUGACAAAGAAGCAGAGGCUGUAAUGAAAAUGCAACUUGAAGGAGAGGAGAAGACAAUGAAAGAGAUGAUGAAAGCUAUGCAGCACCAGGCUUUGCUUGAGAAAGUUGAGGCAGAAAAAGUGACAACUGUCAAUAAACAGCACAACCAGGAUCAAGUAUCCUCCACCACCCCUCAGGAAGCUCAGAAUAGAUGAUUUCAUAUGAAGUUGGCGACUUUAGGCUUAGAAAUGAUUUUGUUACAGAGUGUAGUUCUGUUUUUGCUGCCUUUCUUGGUGUGCUUUGAUCAGUUGGUAAGACAUAAAGGAGCCAAUUCCCUCCACCCAACAAAAGAAAAUAAGAGAAAAAUCCAGAAUUUUUUCAAUAUUUGUAUACCUAUUUAGAUCUUAAAGCCCGGAACAUCUUACCAUGUUUGUUUC